AUGGAAGAUCUAAAUAAAGAUAAAUCAGCUCACAAAAACACUGUUUCUAAAGAUAUGGUAAUGAAAAAAUAUGGUGAAGCUCCUCAUGAAAACAGAGAAGAAGUUUAGGAUUUCGUGAAUCUCAGAAUGAACAAGGUCUCAUCCCUCAAGUUGAGAUUAAGACAAGAGACACAUGAGAAGUUCCUAAGACCCUCAGUUAUGCUUACUGGUGUCGAUCAGUGCGAACAUAUGAAGUUUAUUGUUAAAUUGGCUAAUGCAAAGAAGGGUAUAGAACUAGGAGUUUUCACUGGCUACUCUGCCUUAUCGUUUGCUGAAGCCUUACCAGAAGAUGGGCUACUAAUUGCGAUUGAUGUUAGUAAAGAAUGGACUGAUAUUGGAAUGAAAUACUGGAAAGAAGCUGGUGUUGACCAUAAGAUUUAACUUAGACUCGAAGGAGGUAUCAUAGUUUUAGAUGAGUUACUUGCUGAUGAAAACAAUAAAAAUACCUUUGAUUUCGCUUUUAUUGAUGCUGACAAAAACAACUAUCCCAACUACUAUGACAGAAUUAUAUAAUUAUUGAGGUCAGGAGGUUUCUUGAUGAUUGAUAACACCAUUUGGAAUGGAAAAAUUGCUGAUGAGGAACAAAGAACUAAUGAUUAGGAGACUGCACAUAUUUGGCAAAUUGUGGAUUUGGCCAUGAAUGAUGAAAGAGUUGAAGUCCAUACUAUUUACCUCUCUGAUGGGUUGACAAUAGUAAAGAAGAAAUGA